AUGGAUCUUGUUGUGACGGUCACGAGCAAGGGGAACGUGGAUGUUUGGAGAUUGAACGGGCAAAGAGUCUUUGGUUCAUGUUUCCCCAAAGAAGAAGACGAUGAUGAUGAUGGUGGUGACGGCGGUGGUGACAUGGACGGGCACGCUGCAGCAGAGAAAGGCACCAGAGGAAACGUGAGGGCCGUUGCCUGGAGGAGAGACGGUCAAAUCCUCGCGAUUGCCUGUGCGGAUGGCAGUCUGUCUCUCAUAAACGCCUUUACGGGCAAAAUCGCUCAUCGGAUUCCCCGUCAAAAUCGGCAACGCACGACUUCUACUUCAUCGCCGCAACUACAGACGCAGACACGAAGACAGAGUUCCAGAGUCUCCUCCUUUACUAAUUCCCCGACCACAACCUUGCGACCAGCAAUCACAACCAUCUCCUGGACCACACAUUUCGUCGACCCCUCUCCAACCACCGUCCGCUCUCAGCUUGAUGCGUCGAAUUCAACAGUCUCACUCGAUCAGAUUCUCAGCCUCCGCGCCGACGUAGAUAGACUUCUCCAGCUGAAAGCCGAUUUGCCCCGCGAGCUUAGCAGCAUUGACGUGGAAGUAUCCUUGCCGAGGCUCGCAACACUACCCCCUACCGGUCUGGGUGCGGACGAUGAUGUGUUUAGUACGCGGAGCAGUGUGGAUGUUCUGUUUCACGGAGGUGGCAGUAACGGAUCCGCCGGGCCUGGCGGUGUCGAUGCUCUACUCGUCGGGUUAAGUAAUGAGAAUGGCGGAUGUGCGGCUCAGUUGAGGGUUUUUGAUUCCUUCGACAUAGGAACUGUCGAUCUGACGGGAGUUCUCCCUCCAGGACAAGCGGCUGGAAGAACGUCAAGGGUGCUGAGAAUGGAAAGCCAUCCAUUCAUGUCAACAGUGUUCUUGGUUAUCGAACAGUCGCCAAGGGAAGGGACCGCUUCAUCGCUACAUCUCCUCAGCCUUGACUUGAGCUUCAUACCACAGACUGGACGGAACUUGCCGCUCGUGGCGAGGAAAGUCUCACAGCUAGGCUAUCUGCUAAGAUACAUCUCGCAGGUACGGACGCAAUUGGUCGCCGAGGUCAAAGCCGCAUUCGACUUACCGGGCAGAUUCCUCCGCAAUAUCAACGAAUCCCUGGCAGAAGGAGACGAGAACGCGGAUUUCACCUUCGCAGCCCAUCAUCUCGCCGUUACCGGAAUUUGCAGCCCGAAACUGAAGGAGUGGUUGGUCGACGAGGUUGGAGACAGGGGUCUUAAGCGAUGGGAGAACGCCGUGGGCGACUGCCUCGAGGUGGUGAGGAGGAUGACGAGUGAGUGUCUCCUUCCUGCGUUGGAGAGGAGUCUGGCUGUGUUGUCAAGACUCGACGGCCUUGCCAGGUUUGGGCCCACUAGUUCCAAGCUUGGACUGGACCAGAAGAACGUGGAGAGGCUGACGGAGACCAUCGAUGCAUUGGGCAUCCUCGGCGAGGAUCUCCUGCUUGAUGUCGUCGCCGAAACAAGAGAAUUUGCGGCGUUUAUCAAAUGGCUCAAAUGGGAGUGCGAAGUCGAGGCGCUGGAGGAGGAUAGCGAAAGGGCGGAAGAGAUGCGAGAGUCCUGGACGGGAGAGGGAGAGUUGAGGCUAGUAUUGGAUUAUGUGGGAGGUGCUAUGAAAGAAAGUCGAUUGAACAAAUACCUUCUGGGAGAGGCCAAGGAGCAAGAAGCUGGGUUGCUUGCAUCCUUCGAUGACGAUUCGGAUUUGGGGUUCUACGCCGACUUCACGAAACUCAGAGCCAGUGGGAACAAAGACAAGAGCAUGCCUACACUGAGCGAACUGGUCGACAGAUUGCAGAGGCAAUGUGAAGCGGUCUUUGCACGGAUUGCAGAAACAUUCAGGGAGAGCAUCCUCACGAGCUAUCUGCAGGAGCUGCCCAGUGAGUGCGCUGGCGACAACAUGGACGUCAGAAUCAUCCCCGACGACGCCGAUCCAAAUCUGUACAGGCUCUUUGUCAUGUCCAAGGAUCGUACGGCGAAAGCCCAUCUUCGGCACGUGGUGGUCCAGCUACAACAAGGAGCUGGAAAGGGUGUCAAACACACAAUGGCGUCGAACUCGCUUACAAUUCCUGAUGUGCUGGAGGUCCUCGAUGCGAAAUUUAUCGACGACGAAGCACUUCUGGUCCUUGGCGAGACCGCGUCUGACGUCAACAUCUACUGGAAAGAGAUCACUGUUGACGGCGGAGGAUCCUGGGAUGUCCGGCACGUUUUCCACCGCGGGAGGAUAGAUGGUGCGAUGAAGCCUGUGAAGCUUGAUGUAAAUGGCCGAGUCGGGAGAAGAGUGGUCACCGUCCUCGACGAAAGUGGGCUGGGUCUUGUGGUUUUGGACUUGGACGCCGAAGACAAAGCUCGCGACGCCACUGAUGGAGAAGACGAGCUCAUGGCGGAAUGAUCAAAGGACAUCCAGGAAGCGCUCGAGAGGGUGCGAACCGCUCCUGGCAAGAGACUGAGGGGAGGUCAACAGAACCAAGGCCGCGCAAAGCCUGGCUCCGGUGAACCGAGAGGGUUGUCUGUUUUGAGACGAGCAUGUAGGAUUAGCAGCCGCAUCGUAGGUCUGAAUGAUUCUGUACUACCGCAACAUAUGUACGAGGGACAGGUAGGGCAAGAGUGUGACGGG